AUGGAUUGGGUAAAAUCUUAUGAUGAAAAAGUGAGAGAUGCUUUUGAUCGUGGUCAAAAUAAUUUCACAAUGACUUUCGGUGACAUUCAAAAGGAGCUUGCAACGUGUUGUGCACAUGAAGUUACCAAUGUGAUUAUGGAAGCGUUUGGUGAUAGACAAUUCUUUGUGCUUAUUGAUGAGUCAUGUGAUAUAUCUGUCAAAGAACAAAUGGCGGUGAUGUUGAGGUUCUUGAACGAAAAAGGGAAAGUUGUGGAACGAUUUAUUGCUCUACAUCAUGUCAAAUAUACUACAUCUGAGGCAUUAAAGGAUGCUCUUUAUGGUAUUCUCGAUCGUCACACGUUAUCUAUUUCAAGGAUACGAGGGCAAGGAUAUGAUGGGGCUUCAAAUAUGAGAGGUGAGUUUAAUGGUUUACAAAGAAAUAUUCUAGAUGAAAACCCUUAUGCUUUCUAUGUCCAUUAUUAUGCUCACCAUUUGCAAUUGGUGGUUGUGUCUGUUGCUAGUAAUUGCUCAUCUAUUCAUGAUUUCUUUGAGUACAUCUCCUUGAUUGUAACCACAACAAGUGCAUCUUACAAGAUAAGGUAUGCUUUAAAGGAGGCCCAACACCAAGAUAUUUUGAAUAGACUUGAGAGUGGUGAGAUAUCUCAACGAAAGGGCUUGCACCAAUCAUCUAGUCUUGCUAGACCCGGAGAUACUAGAUGGGGUUCAUAUUAUACUACCUUGAUUCGUUUGGAUCAGAUGUGGUUCUCCGUGUUAGAGGUGCUUAGUAUUGUUUAUGGAGAUGGACGUGGACCAUCUCAAGUGGCAGGUUUGAUAGAAAGAAUGGAGAGCUUUAAAUUUGCUUUCAUUCUGAAGCUUAUGUUAAAGUUGUUUGGUAUCACAAAUGAACUUUCAAAAAUAUUGCAAACAAAAGAUCUUAAUAUUGUGCUUGCUAUGGAAUUAGUUGAUGAUGUUAAAGCUUGUAUUCCAGUGCUAAAUAUGGAUGAAGAAAUACCGAUUCGGGGUCGUUCAAGAAGAGAAGGGAGGACUGUCACUAAUCUUCAUCAUUAUCGUGCAGAGAUUUUUUAUGUUACUAUUGACAAAAUAUGUGUGGAGAUGGAUCACCGGUUUAGUGAGGGAAGUAACGUUGUGUUGGAUUGCUUCUCAUGUCUUGACCCCAAGAACUAUUUUUCCAAGUUUGAUGUUGAUAAGCUUGCUCGUCUUGCUAAUAUUUAUCAUGCAUACUUUUCUGAUGAUGGUCGUGGAACUAUAAGGGAGCAACUUGAGACUUAUGUACAUUAA